AUGGCCUCGCUGCCUCAAGCAACGCUUAGCGGCCACGGCGAAAACAACAAGAUUAGCCCACACAGACAUGCGCCGUCGCACGACGCUUCCACAGGCUGCCCCCCCACUGCGAGACCCGUUACACCGUGUGGCAGGCCCGGGGAGUCAGGCCCAGGGCCGCCCUCGCCCUCGCCCGCUGCUGGCCAAGCCAAUAUUCGCAUGCGCCGCUCGCACCACGGCUCGCUACUGCUUCAGUCGCCUGCACGUGCUGGGCAUGCCGCCCGCAUGAGGCAGAUCUUCGAGGAUGCUAGCCGUGAACAGCACACACGGCAGCCCGCUAGCCACACGCUCUAUCCACAGCUGGCCAACGUUUCGAGAAAAGCAUCGCCGCCACUAGCACUAGUACACAACGGGCGUGUGCGAGCCCGUUUCCAGCAAAACCCCCCCACUCCCCGCCCACCGUCCCGCUGCAUGUCGUCAACGACAUCAUUUCGAGCCUCAGCAGACGAUGCUCCCUCGGCCUUUGUCGGGCUAUCAGCGCAGAGUUCCGAGUCGUGGUCAGACGACUCUGCAUACCUGGUGGCACGCUCGCGCAACCCGACGUCUGCUCUGGCCUUUGUCCCCAAUGGCCGCAUAUCCGAAUGGCUCGCCGGCGUCUCGACGCCCGAUUGGGACCAAGAUGGCUCUGAAGAAGAAGAAGAAGAAAAAGAACAAGAAGAUGGCCACGCCAGGUCCGAAUUCUGCCAGCACUUCUCUGCCGAGUUUAGUCACGAAGCCGCCUCCAGACACAUACGACAGUCGCCCAAACCGUGGCGGCCUGUCAGAAUCAAGCCACUAGAUCCUUUUGGCCGCCAGGAGCAUACAUACACCGAAACACAGCCCUUGGCGUUUCAUUCCUUUUCGCCUUUCCACGACAUGACUGCUAAUCCGCGCCCCACCUUUAGUGCCCAGCGUCCCACUACGCCAGGCCCUUCAAACAAGCAAGCCUUGCCCUCCUCCAAUGACCAAAUCCAAUACACGCCCCUGAGUCCAAAUAUAUGUAUCGAGCGUGGUCCCUCGCGAUACCGCUCUUCCCGCAACAGGCACCUCACGAAUCGCACAUCGCCUACCAAAACCCCACAUAGCGUAUGCAAAGAGAACACGCUACCAACAUGUCUUGACAAUGCACACGCCAACAGUACCCCAGAAGCACCUUGCAAAGUCGGCGUCGGCACGCGCUUCCAGCAUCCGAGGCAUACUGCACGACAGGGGCUGGGCAGAUGGGCACGCUGUGUCGACUAG